CAAAUACCAACCACUUGGGGAAGACUUGAGCCAUCCGAGUUUGGUUUGGAGGCCGGGUGGGCGCGGGUUGGCGGCCCUCAUCUCGCUCUGCGUGACCGCAGUGCUUGGGCACCAGUGAAAAGCAGAUGUGAGCUGCUCAUAGCUGCUCCAUCUAGCCAUCUACUUCACCCUUUUCGGUCUUUUGAACUUGAACCAAGCUUACUGGGCAUGUUGGAGGUCCACCGAGAUAUGAAUUUUCUGAAGCAAGAGAUCCAGAACCUUAUCCAGCUUGAUCAUCCACAUGCUUUGGGUUUGGUGGAGCAUGGCAUCACCGAAGAGCUGAGCUUCUGAGCAGCUUGGGCAUUUCGACCGCUUGGGACGCCAAAGCAGGUUUGGCAUGGAGAGUUGAGAUCAUUUCCACUUUCUGCUGUACAUUGCUUUUCCUGAAGAGUGGGUCAGACUUGUCGGUGAAUGGAGCCUUGAGAUUCAGCAACCAGACGAUUCCCGGAUUUACCAGGCCUACCACACUUGUCAGCCUACCACCUGGAUUUGCACAAUCCGACCACCGUGACCGGCCUCCCGGCCUCCCGGCUCAAAAGGCUCGGGACAUCGGGCGGUGCCAUGCUGCGACUCUUCGUGGUGGUGGUUCUGGUUGCCGUGACGUUGGCCUGGGUCAGCUUCUACAUCUAUGGGAUUGAACAGCCCUUCUCCUUUCGCUUCAGGAGGAAGCCUGAGGUGCCUGUGGCCAAGAUCUCUUGUGCUGACUGGCGGCAAAAAGAGGUGAGCUCAAACCUCACGGACUUCGACAUCUGGUAUUCCGAACAUUCAGACAGGUGGCUAAACGCUUUCGUGGUCCCAGAGGAAAACCUGAUCUUUUGCCAGAUUCAAAAGGUGGAUUCCGCCGACUGGUUCGCCGUGCUGCGUUGGCUCAACCAGGGGCAAAACUUGACCACCUUGCGCGACUACGAGCGAGGCGAGGCGUUGCGGAUGAUGUUCGAUCCCAAUUGGACCAAGCUGGCCGUGGUGCGCGAUCCCUUGGAUCGCUUGCUGGCGGCCUUUUCCACCAAGGUGAACACCGAAAAGCCUCCGAACAAGAACAUCACGGCGGAGGUGGCACGGGUCUUGAACGUGCCCUGGCAUCGGCUCCGGAAGCGCAAGGUCACCUUUCCCGAGUUCGUGGUGCGGGUAGCCGCUGGGAUCCGGGAACGGCUGGUGGUGAGCGACUUCUGGCGCAAGCAGGCAGAGUUUUGCUCCUUGGGGCACUUUAAGAAGACGUACCAGUAUCCUGCGGUGGCUGGCAAGCGUUUUUCUUUCUUUCUUUUGGAUGACGCGUCUGAUUGUACAUUUUGUUUUGAUUCAUUUUUGGUACGCAAUAUGUUUAGUUAAUAGGCCACCCCCUCAAAGUUCCCAAGUCAUGCGUUUUAUCCAUCAUGUGUUUGUUUGCAAAGUUUGACCUUUGGGGGUCUGCCCUGUUUUUUGGGGAGGGCUGUGUAUGUCAUACAUGUGUACGAAUCGGCGCGAAGGGUCAGAGUAUUCUGAGGGGGUCUUCGUUCCAAGUUCGUCACCCGAACGCCUUGGCGGAGUCUGCCAUUCUGAUGCCAUUCGAUCCUUCACCUCAUCCAGUGCUGCUGAGGUAUGUGAUGUACAUGGACCGUCGCAAGGAGUUUCACCCCUAUCUGCACGACUGUGCGCUGCUGGCGAUGACCGGACAGAUGAGUCAUUCCAAGCUGAAGAAGCUGGAGAAGGUAGCGGCCGAUCGGAGAGUCCAACCG